AGUUCCGGCGCGACAAAUGGCGGUGCGAACCGCUCUUCCCCAAAACCAGAUCGUCGUUUCAAAGCCCUCCUAAUAUAAUCUACCGAAAAACACCCUCCGAGUGCAAUUUAGCCUUUCUUACCCCCACCCGCCUCUCUCUCGCUCUCUCUACUUUCCCUUUCUUUUCCUCUAAAGCCCAGCUCCAUUAGUUUUCUUGGUAGGAUAUUAGGGUUAGGGUUCUUCUUCUACUUCUCUUUCUAGAAAUCUCUGGUUGCGAACAAGAAAGGAAGCCUCGCUGGUCGGAGAUCUCGUGAAUGGCGCAGGCCGUGGAGGAGUGGUAUAAGCAGAUGCCGAUCAUUACGCGGUCUUAUCUCACCGCUGCCGUCGUGAUCACUGUCGGUUGCUCUCUCGAGAUCAUUUCUCCACAUCAUUUGUAUCUGCACCCAGAGCGUGUAGUUCGGCACUAUGAGGUCUGGCGCCUAGUGACAAACUUCUUGUAUUUCCGGAAAUUGGACUUGGAUUUCCUAUUCCACAUGUUUUUCCUUGCUCGAUACUGCAAGCUACUUGAGGAAAACUCGUUCAGGGGACGGACUGCUGAUUUCUUUUACAUGCUCUUAUUUGGUGCGACAGUUUUAACUGGGAUUGUUCUCAUUGGUGGAAUGAUACCUUAUCUAUCAGAGAGUUUUGCAAGAAUAUUGUUCCUCAGCAAUUCGUUGACCUUCAUGAUGGUCUAUGUCUGGAGCAAGCAUAAUCCUUUUAUCCACAUGAGUUUCUUGGGCCUUUUUACUUUCACAGCAGCUUAUCUGCCAUGGGUUCUUCUGGGGUUUUCUAUUCUUGUUGGGAGCAGCACAUGGGUGGAUCUUCUGGGUAUGAUAGCAGGUCAUGCUUAUUAUUUCCUCGAAGAUGUCUAUCCAAGGAUCUCAGGCCGUCGCCCUCUGAAGACCCCUUCAUUCAUAAAAGCACUUUUUGCAGAUGAGACUGUUGUUGUGGCCCAACCAGCUAAUGCAUGGUUUGCCCCUCCAGCACAAGAUUUUCAUCAAGAUUGAUUGUGAGGACCAAGCUGAUACCUAUGAGGUUUUACUGCGAUGCUGUUCCCACCAUAAACGAGGGAUCUAUCACUAAUGUGAGACAUAUCAUCCCUUUACUUUGACAGAUAGUAUAUAUUGAAGAGGCAUGUUAUGUAACUCUGCUAUGUUUGCACAGAAAUGAAAUUGUGAAAUUCAACUCUUGGCAGCUCUGUCAGUAAAUGAUUCACUUGGUAUCUCUUGUAAUUGCUAUAGUUGGUUUUAAUGGCCUCGUGCACCGUUGGAAGUCCAUGGCCAUUGCAUUGUUUCCUUGUGAAAUCAAAACAUACUCAUGUUGUUAGCUAUGGCAUGACUGAUGAGUACCCAGCGGUGAAGCAGAAUUUUAGAUACAAGUGCUUUAAUAUUCUCAAAUGUUGUACAUGUAGUAUAGUGUCAUGACUAUUCUCCAAUUUAUACUAUUCGCACGUGUUCUAAA